UCUAUCCGAGACAUAUUCCAGAAAGAAGAUGUCGGGAACGUUUCUCUUCUUCCCCUCCACCACUCCAUCUUCUUCUCCUCUCUUUUCUAAGAAGAAGCCAAUCUCAGCCGUCCAUUCUACCACUACCUUCCUUCCCUUUCAUCACCACCAUCAUCAUCAGCUGAAGCAGCAUCGACUUGUAGCGAAGAAGGAGAAGGAGGAGGAGCAGAGGUCCGUUGCAUUCUGCAGUUCGAGCUAUGAAGUCGGUGGAGGUUUCACGGACGGUGAGGAUUUCGCCACGGCAGCAUCAGCUCUAGGUCGUUUCUAUGAAGAAGAAGAAGGAGAGGAGAAAUGGGAAUCUUCCAGAUACGAAGCGCUUCUCAAAGGCGGCGAGCAGGUUGCUUCUCUCCUCCAGGAGAUGGUCGAUUUGUUGGAGGAUAUGAACAUGGAUGAAACAUCAGAGGCAGCGGCAGUGGAGUUAGUUGCCCAAGGAGUGAUUGGGAAGAGAGUUGAUCAGAUGGAGUCUGGAUUUAUGAUGGCUCUUGAUUACAUGAUCCAGCUUGCCGAAAAGGACAAUGAUGACCAGCGCAAGUCACUGUUGGAGGUGAUCAAGGAGACUGUAUUGUCCCAUCUUACCAAAAAGUGCCCCCCACAUGUUCAAGUGAUUGGUCUGCUUUGUCGAACUCCUGAAAAAGAAAGCAGACAUGAAUUGUUGCGCCGAGUAGCUGCAGGUGGUGGUGUAUUUACUGGUGAGAAGGGUGCAAAGGUUCAACUUCCAGGGGCAAAUCUGAAUGAUAUUGCUAACCAGGCAGAUGAUCUACUGGAGACAAUGGAAGCUAGGCCAUCAAUUCCAGAUCGGAAGCUGCUCGCGAGGCUUGUUUUAAUCAGGGAGGAAGCCCGGAACAUGAUGGGUGGUGGAAUAUUGGACGAAAGAAAUGACCGGGGUCUGAGUACGCUCCCAGAAGCAGAGGUGAACUUUCUAACCAAGCUGGUUGCUUUGAAACCUGGAAGAACUGUCCAAGAGAUGAUAAGCAAUGUAAUGCAAGGAAAAGAUGAAGGUGCGGACAGCUCUGGCAAGGAUGAGGAAGAUAUUGCUGCCAGGCGACGGACAUCAAGUGGAAUUGCAGGCAGGGCCAGUGUCACGGACCGUAAACCACGUCCUGUACGCCCCGGGAUGUUCCUUGAGACAGUUUCCAAGGUAUUGGGUGGCAUCUAUGCUGGAAAUGUAUCUGGCAUUACAGCACAGCAUCUAGAAUGGGUUCAUCAGAAGACUCUCCAAGUUCUGCAAGAAAUAGCUUUUUAACCAUGCUUGAAGACAUUCUCUUGCCGUGUCCCAUUAAGACUGUCUUCUUGCCAACUCCUCCACACAUGAACAAACCAAAAACAGGCGUCGUUUUUUCUCACCGUAUGAAGAGGUUAGUGGUUGGCCACAAGAUUUGUAAAUUUGUGUAUUACAACUGUUCAAAAUCUCAACUUUCAAACAUUUAGAACGGUCUUAUAUAAUUAAAUCUAUAUAUGCACAUGAAAGAAAAAGAGAGAAAAGAGGAGUAUUUCCAUUGGAGUCGAGUUUUUUUUUUUGUUUUUUUCCCCUUCAUAUUCAUUGCUAGAGAACUAGUCAUGUGCCAAAGGUUUUAUUUAUUUAUUUUUUACACCCACCCACUUGCACACACUCCACAUGGGCACUCAAACCCAUGACAACAGUGUUGAAAUGCAGUGCAUCUACCACUGGGCCAUGCAUCAAGACCUGUGUGCCAAAGGUUUUUGGGUCGUCUGAAGCACUGCAUGAUGCGGCCUCCACCAUGAAUGAAGAUGGGGAAAAUGAGGCCAGUCCACUCAUCAGGUCUCUCUCUCUCUCUCUCUCUCUCUCUCUCUCUCUCACACACACACACACACACAAGCACACUAGUGUUUGAAUGUCUUGAACUUGUGAUGUGGGCGAGAUUGAUCAUCAUCAUGAGGGAAGGCAAAGUUCUGUACCGGACAGUCUGUUCAGGGUGGACAGCCUAUCCCUGAUUUGUCUCCCCAUUUUAUGCAGGGGAACGAAGACAAAUGAGGAUUCCUUAUCCCCAAUACUAUACUUCUUUAAGGAUAGCAUGUUGGAGGGAAGAAGUUUAAAAGUUUUUUAAGUGUUCCCAUUUUGGUAUUUGUUGGAACAUGAUAUUCUGUACACAUCGCUACAUUUUCUUCUAAGUUAAUAGUUUCAAUGCCCCACAUGUGCCACCAUCAAUUUUCAA